CUCUCUCUCUCUCUCUCUCUCGCCAUUGCGGCGCAGGUUGUUCGCGUGCGCGGCAGCCGGGGCGCCGGACGACGGAGUGGGGCUGGUGCGGGUAUGGCGGAGGCGCGGCCCGGCUCAGUCUUGAGCUGUUUUGAAGACCAGACUUCUGUCUGUUUUUUUCAUUUUGUUGUCUCAAAAUCAGGUACAUUAAAUUUCAGCCCUGCUGCUGCUGAUUCCGUUUCUGGAGAAGGACAACCGACAGAUAUAAACUGGUUAAAUAAAGAUAGGAAAGACUCUAACAGUAGUCAGAAUAGAAGUAAUAUACCGAUUCCUAGUCUGUAUUCUGAAAGAGGUACAGAUUAUGAAAGCUCUUCCGCAAAGCAUCAUGGCUUUUGUAAACUGGAAAGUCAGUAUGGGAAUUCUGAAGACUUCCACCAAUAUCUUGGUACCAGUAAAAGUUUGAAGAAUCGCAGCUUGGCAAGUCAGAGAUUGCACAGAUUAAGAAAUGACAGCACAUGUGCUAGAAAUAAGACGAGGCAAAGUACUACUGAUACUGCUGCAGGUCCAGGAAUUUCAGAUGCUGCACUAGAACAUGGUAGAGGAGCACCUCCUAGAGGAUACAGUGAUUUUCUCUCCUCAGAGAGUGACAGGGAAGUACCUAAUGCGGAUAGCAGAGGGGCAAAGCCAAAGAAAACGCAUCUGAUACAUAUAUCUGGGAGAGGUUUCAGGGAAAAGGGAAAGCAGAUACAUGACCGUGAAAAGCGAAUGAGCUCUAAACAGAAAGUAGAGCUGUGUGAAAAUUUUCCAUCUUUGGAUUUGACACAGUCUGACUCUUCAGAAUCAUCCAUUGGAAAGGCAUUCUGUGAUGCACCUUUUGGAAGUGGGGAUGAACAAAAAGGCUACAAUAAUGUAAACAAAAGAUAUUCCCGGAAGCCUGUGUGGAAUAAACCCCCAGUAGAAAAGGAGUGUCAGAAAAGACAUGAUUCUCACCGUAGUAAAAAUACAAAAGUAGGUAAGAAGUCUUCUGUUGCAUAUACUCCAAAAGAUAAAAAUGAAAGGAAGAAAGAACUCAUUGCUCACAAAAAUGAUGAAAACUUGACCAGUGAAAUCAGACAUCAGUUGUCUGAGUCUCUCAGGUUCAGUGGAAGAAAGUUCUUGCUAAAGGGGGAUCAAGUACCUUCACUUCAUUUCAGCUGGACCCAGUACUGGAAAAAGCAAAGUGAUGUACCAAAAAACAAAGAAACUCAUACAGGGUCAUUGAUUGAACAGCUGACCACAGAGAAGUAUGAGUGCAUGGUAUGCUGUGAGGUAGUCCGAAUAGUAGCCCCAGUGUGGAGCUGUCAGAAUUGUUACCAUGUAUUCCACCUGAAUUGCAUCAAGAAAUGGGCACUAUCACCAGUUUCACAAGCUGAAGAUGGCAAUAGUGGUUGGAGAUGUCCGGCUUGUCAGAAUGCUUCUGUGCAAGUUCCUAAAACUUACACUUGUUUCUGUGGUAAGGUGCACAAUCCUGAAUGGAAUAGAAAUGAAAUCCCACAUAGCUGUGGGGAACUUUGUGGAAAGAAGAGGCAGUGUUUGGACUGUCCACAUCUUUGCAACAUUCUGUGCCACCCAGGACCGUGCCCUUCGUGCCCAGCCUUUGUGACAAAAACAUGUGAAUGUGGACAAACAAGUCAUUCAGUUCGCUGUGGUCAAUCAACGAAAAUUCAUUGUUCUAAUGUAUGUGGAAAUUCUUUAAACUGUGGAAAGCACAGCUGUACUCAAGUGUGCCACUCAGGAAAAUGUUCACCUUGCCAGUUAACAGUACAGCAAGUGUGUUACUGUGGAAGGAACUUUAAAGAAGUAUUGUGUGGAUCAAAGGAAGAAUUCUCUGACGGUUUUGGGAGUUUCUCAUGUCAGAAUAUAUGUGGCAAAAAAUUAAAUUGUGGGAGGCACAACUGUAAGCAAGUAUGCCAUCCUCAGCCUUGCCAGCUCUGUCCACGACUUCCACAAGUUGUGUAUCGUUGUCCCUGUGGUCAGACUCCUCUCAGCAAGUUACUGGAACUAGGAUGUGUUGAACGUAAAAUUUGCACAGAUCCUAUUCCAUCGUGUGGAAAAACAUGUGGCAAACCUCUUUCUUGUGGUAGCUAUGAGUUUAUUCAUACAUGUGAAAGCCUUUGCCACGAAGGAGACUGUAGACCAUGUUCUCACACAUCAAAUAUUUUUUGUAGAUGUGGCUUCAAAAAAAAGGAAAUCCCGUGUGCUCUUCUCAGAAAUAAAGCUGCUAUUACAUUCAUGUGUGACAAGCGAUGCAACAAGAAGAGGUCAUGUGGACGACACAAGUGUAAUGAAGUUUGCUGUGUGGACACAGAACAUAAGUGCUCUUUGGUUUGUGGUCGUAAACUCAACUGUGGGCUUCAUAGAUGUGAAGAACCCUGCCAUCGCGGCAGUUGUCAGACAUGCUGGCAAACAAGUUUUGACGAGUUAACUUGUUAUUGUGGUGAAUCUGUGAUUUAUCCCCCUGUUCCCUGUGGCACUCAGCCACCAGAGUGUAAAAAAGCAUGCACCAGGCCACAUGACUGUGAUCAUCCAGUGUACCAUUCAUGUCAUAGUGAGGAGAAAUGUCCCCCCUGUACCUAUCUCACUCAGAAAUGGUGUAUGGGCAAGCAUGAACUGCGAAGUAAUAUUCCUUGUCAUCUCACUGACAUUUCCUGUGGACUUCGCUGCAAUCAAAUGUUAAAAUGUGGAAUGCACAAAUGUAAAAGAAUUUGUCAUAAAGGAGAAUGUCUUAUAGAUGAAGAAUGUAAACAGCCAUGUAUUAUUCCAAGGCUAUAUUGUAAUCAUCCGUGUAUGGCUCCAUGUCAUCCUUCUUCACGCUGCCCGACAACAUCCUGCUGUGCAAAGGUUGAUCUUCAGUGUGAAUGUGGAAGAAGAAAGGAGAGUAUGAUAUGCUCCGAAGCAUCUAAUACAUAUCAAAGGUCAAAGCUUGACUCUUCCAUAUGUGGAAUUCUAUUCUACCCACACAGAGCAAUUAGAAUAGCUGCUAUAUCUAUAGCAACUAAGCUGACAGACCUACAGCUUGGGGAUUCAGUGGAAAUUAGUAGGCUUAUUACGAAAAAAGAAAUGAAGCAAGCCAGGUUGCAAUGUGACGAAGAAUGCUUAGCUAUUCAGAGGAACAGGCGCCUUGCUGAAGCUCUUGAAAUAGAUGAUAAUUCUGAUCCUUUUAAAAUCCGUUCUUCUGGACCAAAGUACAGUGACCUUUUAAAAGAGGAUGCAAGGAAGGAUAUAAAAUUUGUCAGUGACAUUGAGAAGGAAAUGAGAAUGCUUGUGGAAGCUGUGAAUAAGGGCAAGCACACAAAGAAGAGUCAUUGUUACCCACCAAUGAACAGAGAUCACCGCAGAAUCAUCCAUGAAUUAGCUCAGGUUUAUGGCAUUGAAAGUGUGAGCUAUGACAACGAACCUAAGCGCAAUGUUGUUAUCACUGCAGUGAAAGGGAAAUCCAUUUGUCCAAGCAAUACCUUAACUUCUGUGCUAGAUAAAGAAAUGCAGAGCAGGCCUGCACCUCCUCUUCUUCAUUGCAAACAAACAGAUAAAAAGGGACCUCUUAAUGUUGCAGUAACUACUUUUGGACUAGUGGAAACAGUGGUUUAUCCAAACCAUUAAAGGAAGAGCCAGUAAUUGACUACUUUGAUGUCCAGGACUGAAGUGAUUGAUGUAGAAUCAUUCAGAUGAAUAAGAAUCACAUAGAUCAUGAUACAGAAGCUUAGAGGUGAAAAUACUAAGUUAUUGUGUGAGGUGCUUUUUGAUUAUCUGUCAAAUGACCAGUUGUUCAACAUAUUCAUAAUAUAACAUCUGAAGUUCGCUAGAUAUGCUAGUUUAAAAAGUUAAGCAUUUCAACAGUUUAUGUAAUUGCAUAAUACCUAAUAGUAGUAUGAGUUUAUUAAAUCUGGGUUUGGUGCAAUUUUGUAUCUGAUGUGCAGUCAGAAUAAUUUAGAUUUUCAUUGAUGACUUUGAAGCAAGAGAACUGAUCGUAAGCAGAUAUAUUUUUGGAAUAUUAAGAACAAUAAAUCUCAAAUAUUUUGUUGAUGUAUCACACACCACUUAAAAUGGACUAGAAAUAAUCUGAGAUAAAAACACUGGUUGGGAUAUUCUUAAAUACUUAACACUUUUGUGUUAUUGUGGUAAAUUUGAGAAUUUGAGUUACUCUUCUACAUAGAAAGAAUUACAAAAUUUAAGUAUAAAUAUAUCCAUAAAUGCCUAUUAAGAACACAGAAUUGUUUUGGAAUCUGCAGAACCAGUAUUUGGGGAAGGUGGGGAAUUAAAACUUACUCUAAUUUAUCUCAAAUUUAAUGUGUUUAAAAAGAAAAACAAGCAAAAACAAAGAAAAACACCCUAACCAAACAACAACAAAAUCAACCCCACAACAUGAGAUUACUAAUAGUACUACUUUUUUAUUCAAGACCUUGAACAAAAUCAAACUUCAUAUAUUAUUUUGGUGUUCGGUGCAUGAUUUUAUUAUGGUUUAUAUUUUUUUCUGUACUGUGCAAGCGUAAAAUGAAUGUGUGAAGUUUGUUUUAAGGAUGUUAUGAAUUUGGAAUAAUAAUUGUAAAAUUUAUAAGUCCAACUGCCUAAGCUAUUUGGCAAUGGAAAAUCUUGGUUUUAUGGGAAAUGCCAUUAAAAAAUUGUGAUGAGAGUUUAAACACUGAAAGACGCCUAAGUGUUCUCAUGAUGGUGAAUUGUUUCCAGAUCUUGAUUUAAGAUAGGUGAGUAGCUCUCUGGGAGAGGAGAUUGUAGGUCUGAUCAGAAGAGGUGGUACAGCUCUGAAUUGGAGUCAUAUCUGUUCUCCUGAGGAGAAUGUUUUUUGUAUUAAUAGCUUUAGGAACUCUGACGCUGAUGCGCUCUGAUUCUUGUUUCUUGUGGCUGCUAUGUGUAAUACCUGAGGUGAGUCCCCUAUACAGCAUAGGAGGCUGAUGAUAAAAAGGGGCUCACUACAUUGUAGUGUGAGAUUUGUUGCCAAAAAAUUGAAAGCAUUUACUCAUGCUUAGAUUCUCUUAUAGCUUUCAUAUGACCCUGAGCCUUAUCUGUGAAGCAUUUCAUGGCUAUAUUUCAAUUAAACAGCUCAUGAAACCUGGAAAACAAGUAGAAAACUCACAAACUAUAUCUGUCCCCCCAAAUGUUUUAAAAAUAAAAUGCUUGCUAUUAUUGUAUAUUUUUGUAGGAGUUUAUUAUUUCACAUUUUAAAAAAUGAAGUCUUAAAUUAUACUAAACAUUUGAAGUGUUUCAAGUAAAACAGGUACCUUUAAGAGCGUUCAAACUUUAAAUUUGUAUGCAGUGAUUUAAAUCUGUUUUACCUUUUUUGUCUUAAUACUUUGUGAACAGAAACUAAAAUUAAAUCACUAUGUCUUACAUUGCCCUUAAUUUCUUAAGCAAAUUAUGGUUUGAUUCUACAAGGCGUAUUGAUAAGUUCAGCUGAAAAAAUAAGUUACUUCCAGGAAUGUAUUUCUUCUUUCCCUUCUGUGUGAGGACUGUAUCUGUACCAGUGCUUGCAGACAAGCACUGUCUCAAUGUGGCCAAACAAAGGCUAUUCCUGGUUUUGAAACUCAUAACUAUGUUAAUAUAGCACUGACUUAAAGCUAGUAAGACCUCUAUUAAGAAUGUAUGUAGUUACGCCGCAAAAGUAGGUUCUAGACAGGAUCUGGCACACAUACCCGUGAACUGAGUCAGAUGCAUGUAUACUGGAGCACACGUAGUUGGUUUACUAUAGGUAGACCUAACAUUAUAGAAAAUCAAAGUGGUUUACUUGAUAAUAAAUAGAAUAAAGCUGAAGCCUGCUAUCUAUUCACAGUUUCACAUGAAUAUAGCCAAAACCAUCACAUUUGUGCCUCUGAUUUGAAAUUUAAUACCUAAAAGGUUUUUGUAGUAUUAUUUUCAGCUCUGUUUAGUGGAAUUUUUAUCAGAUUAUGGCAUUAACAUAAAAGCUCAACAGCUUUGGUGAGACACACUUCAGCAGUCAAUUUGCCACUGCUUGUAAUAAGAUAAUGGAAAUAAUCUCAGUUUCUCAAGCUAAGAUUAAUAAUUAUUACCAAAUGUGUUCAUACUGAGCAGUCAUACUUCUUAACACUUGCCUCUUAACUAUUUUAAUGUUAAAACAUUUUUAUAGAUCUAUAUGUCCCACAUCUCUAAAUCAUGGCUGUGGGAUCCAUACCUGUAGUAAAGAAGCAAUUCACAAGUACCAAAUAAUUUUAAUUCAUCAAUCAAUCAAUCAAUUUAAUUCAUCAAUUUAAUUCAUUUUAGUAACUUGGUUAAAAAUAUAAUACCAUACGUUUACUCAUGAAAGUGAUUUUCCCCUGGAGCUCAGCUACAUAGCCUUAAGAAGGAAUUCAGCAAAGGUUAACAGUGGUGCUGUUUCUGUUUUGUUUUGGUUUUGCUGCAAUGUAUCAGUGACUUUCAUAUGGAAUUUGGAAUAGUAAUAAAGGCUGGAAAUUUGAUAUAUGUGAUAACUUAGCUUCAUAUUGCACGUGUGCCUUGUGGAAAUACUUUUCAAAUAUCUAUUUUUUAAAUCUGAGCUGGCAUUUGCAGCUUUUAUGUAAUUGAAGAGUAAGUAGAUAAAAGAAGUCUUUUCAUCAGUGAAGGCAGUGGCAAAAAUCAUGGUGACAUCACUGUAACUUACAACUUCAGCUUCAGUAUGCUAGCAAUUUUUCACAGCCCUAAGAAUAAUAUUGUCUCCUGUAAAUAUAUUUGAAGAAAGUACUUCUCAGUAAGCAUCUUUUGAAAUAAGUUUUGUGAUACCAGUUGGAAUUCCUGCAACUUCAUGAAGUGCUUUUAAAAUUGUGUUUAAAAUAGGCAGAUAGUUUGGCAUUUGGGCUGUGCUGUUACCUGUCUGUAUGGCUUCAAAUAUUUAAAGUGCUCUGAAUAUUCAGUAUUUGGGUUUAACGUAAAAUUCUAUAAGAUACAUAAUAAACUUCAAGAUCACUUGUUUCUGUGGCAGUUUUUACAGUAUCUGCCUCAAAAUGAGCAAAGUAAAGUUUUUCUACAACACUUGUCAUUUGUGAAAGAUCUAUAUUUAACUUAAUUUUGUCAAGUUACUGAUGUAAAAUUACAUUCUUUACAAACCCAAAAUAAAUCAAAAUUUAAAGUUCAGUGCUUUGGAAUUGUUUGCAAACUUCAUCUUAGUAUUCAAGAGUUGGAAGACUGAGACAUCACAGAGAAACGAGUAUAAAGAUUUAAAUGGACAUUUGGGAAGUUCCUUUUCCUCAAAGUUUUAAAUAAAGUAUGUGGUUUCCUGGAUUUGAAGUGAUUUUUAAAUGAAUGCUGUGUGGAGAAUUAAGCAAGUAAAGAGGGCUCCCCAGAAAAUGGAGAGUAUGCUGCCUUCUUGGAAUUCAGAGCUACAGGAGAGAUUAUUCUGGAUAGAAAUGUGCAUUUUGGUUAUAUGAAAAACUCUAUUAUGUCAGCCUAAAUGCUAAUGCUAUUUGGCAAUAAAAUAUGUUAUUUUAA